AUGCGCCGCUUGCUAGCAUCAACGCUGUUCUUAGCGCGACAGCCAGUCUUUUCUACACCACUUCGACAAACAGCUCCGCCACCAUCAACGACCCUAUCACCACAGCCCACAGUCCAACACGCAUCUUACACUUCAAGUACAGGUGUCCGACACUCGUCCAUGGCUGCCGGAGAAGACAAGCCGAAGCCGUUCAUUGUCCGCUUCUAUGGCGUGGAAGCCGCGAAGGACGGGGAAGGCCGCAGCCUCGAAGACAUCCUGCGCUUUGAAGACAACGAGCUCGAGUACCAUCACGACUACAUCCAAGUGCUCUUCCCGCUCCCAGAGCCAUCUCCAAUCAACCCAGACGCACCGAUCAUCAAAAAGGGCACACGAACUGCUUUUGUGGAGAAUGAAGAGCUUCGCAAGCAGCUAUUUCGUGCCUUCAAUCACAUGGCCAACUUCUACGCUUUCAAUGUGAAAGGAGACGCAGCAGCUCCCGUCCUCGAGCCCAAGCCUGACUUUCGGAAACUUGCACAGAACACCUGGUUGACCCGCAUGGAUCACAACCACCUCCGCAUCACCCGCAUUAUUCGUUGCCUUCGUGUCUUGGGCCUCGAAGCGACUGCUCAGGCGUUCCACCAAGCCCUCCAAGACAACGCCGAGGGCGUCAGCUCUCGCAGUCUGAUGUACUGGGAGCGCGCUGCUACUCGAUCUCUGCACCUGCCACCAAGCGAGGACAACGAAAAUGCUUGCGGCGUGGCGUGGCUCAAGCCUGCAGAGGACUGA